GUCUCCCACUAUCCCUCGAGGUUAAGGUUUGUAGGUUAAAGGUUAUACACGCUGCUCCACACGCGUGUUGUUGUUUUUUUAUUGAUAACUUGUAAUCCGUUAAAAUAAAGGGUAGCGACAUGGGGAAGAACAAGAAGAACAAAAGCAACGAGUCAGUAAAACAAGCGGACAGGUCCGGCCAGCAUUCAAGUGAUAAGAGGCUCAAAGAGAGAGAUGGAAAACCAAAGAAAGCCCAACCAGAUCACAUGGAACACAUCCCCUUCAAACUGCGUGAGAUCAUGAAAAGCAAAGACCGGAUGAAAUCGGGAUCCGUGAAGGCCAAAAAGGUCAAAGAAGGUAAACCAGAUGAUCAGCUGAUGGAAGACAUCCCUGUCCCACAUUUCAAGAGGGCAAAUGCAGAGAGUGAGAAAGCGUAUCUGCGACGCAUGGAGAACGAGACGAAACACGUCCUCUUCCUCACCAACAACCAAGUGGACAGAAAGCCUGAGCUGGAAGUAGAUGCCCAGGAGAGAUCCGCGAACCAGGGCAAGUCUGAGAAAAAGAAGGAGUACGAUAAAUUGAGAAUAGAGAAGCUACACGAGAAAAAACUGAACAGACAAGUGGCCGAGAUGGAGAAAGAGAUGUUUAUUGAUACCGUUCCCUUCGGUGAAGUUGCAAUGGCCCCACCGUCUUUAAGUGCCAAACCCAAGAAAGCCCCGGUCAAAUCUCAGCAACCACCGAAGGGGCUGCUUCUCAACUCUCUCCUGGGCCGCGCGGUGGUCCCCACGGCCAAGCCCUCCAUGGCCAGACAGAGGAUCGUGGAGGAGGAGAGGGAGCGGGUGGUGGAGGCUUACCGUCUUCUCAAGAAACGGAAGCAGCAGCAGCGCGUGGACCUGACGGCCAAUCUGGAAAAACUGAAGAACCCCUCGGGGACGUUCCCCGGCGAGGAAACCUAAGUCGGCGCGGAGGCAGAGAAACUGAAUCGCGGCGCGGGGUAGCGGUCGUCAGACUGUUUGUGUCGCGUGACCCUGGAACCGCCUCGCGUGACGUAGCCAAUCGGGGGGAGAGAGAGAGAGAGGCGAAACCGUCGCAUCGGCCGGCCACGGUGUGUAAGCAGGGACUGACUUUCGCCUGCAGCCUCCAGUGCUGCAUGUCCAGCUUAACAUGGAACAGGGUGCCUGUAUGUGUCUUAAGGAGACGACAAAGUGAUCCCACCGAAAUGAUUACAUCCAGACCAGGGACUUUUGUUUAAUUAUGCCACCUGUUUUUAUGUUUGCUUCUUUUUCAUUUGUUGUUACGACUAUGACGUCACAUGUUACGUGGUAGAGCGUAAAUUCAGGAGACCAUGUCAAGGCUAAAAUAAAGAUUCAACUGUUGCAUCCCCUGCUGUGUUCCCACUAGAUGGCAGUCUGCCCGCAGAAAGCUGCUUUCAUGAUGUUUGUGUGGUGAACUGUCAGAAUAUGAAGACUAAAGACAAGUUAUUCCUCAUUAUAAAUGUGAAUUUAUGGCCGUAGACUUUAAAUACCUUCAAACCAUGUCUCCCUUUUUUUUUUUUUCUUCUUCUUCCCUGGGAUCAAUAAAUUCCAUCAACCCUUUUGGGGCAUUAGAGCCUGGCACCGCUGUACAUAUUUAAUCCGUGAACAGGGCCUUUUUGUUUCGACGGUAUUCUUUGGGACAAACUUGCAAAUUCUGAUUUGUUUGUUGAACAACUUCCUCUUUUUAAAUCCUCGCCAAUCUCACAGCAAACAUUACACUGAUAAUUGCUUUUUUUGUGACAAUAUUGAUGCGCUGAAUAAUAACACCAGAUGGUUUUACCUGUUAA